UGGUCUUGGUCGUCUCCAAUAAUGAGUUUGUGAGCAAGCAACUGUAUCUGAAAUGGCCAUUUAAUUCAAUAGCAAACAAAUGUGCUAAAUAUCAAGCGACUAUAUAUUUUGUUGAAGAAUUAAUUCAGUGGGUGUGGCUUGAUCAGGUGGUUUUCGAAUGUAAUCCUAUGAAAACGAAAGUAGGCUACUUUGAGGAAAUAGACUUACAACGACGGGCCUUUUACUUGAUAAUAUUUUCACUAAACCGUUCUCAAAAUGUCGAGAUCAUCUGUACUGAAAAUAAAAACUAUAAACGCAGUGAAGGUGGAGAACUUCCGCCAGUCUCUGUAUCAACAGGCAGAGGAUCUGUUUUCAAACUACAUCCCAUUGAAGAUCACCCAACUGGACAACCUGCUGAAGGAGGAGGAUCUCAGCAUCACAGACCUGUCCACUCUCCAUGCUCCUCUAGACAUCCCUAUACCAGACCCUCCUACUCCAGAGGAUGAGGAAAUGGAGACUGACAAGAAUGAUGAUGAUAAGAAGAAGGCUCCAAAAUGUGGCUUCAUCAAAGGGAAUGAGAAGAUUGUGAAGCUGCUUGACAGAGUCAAACCAGAGAUCCUAGCACUGAGGGAGACAAUCAUUACAGUGUCCUGCUGGAUUCAGCAUCUCAUCCCCAAAAUAGAGGAUGGGAAUGACUUUGGCGUUGCAAUCCAGGAGAAAAUCUUGGAAAGAAUAGCUGCAGUGAAGACCAAAGUGGACGGCUUCCACACCAACAUUAACAAGUACUUUUCAGAGAGGGGUGAUGCAGUGGCUAAAGCUUCCAAGUUAACUCAUGUGAUGGACUACCGCUCUCUGGUCCAUGAGAAGGAUGAGGCUGUUUACUCUGACAUCAGAGUCAUCCUUCUGGACAUCCGUGGCUUCUAUGCGGAACUGUAUGACAUCAUCAGCAAGAACCUGGAAAAAGUCACUAAUCCGAAAGGAGAAGAAAAGCCCUCAAUGUACUGAGAUAUGCAUAAAGUGGAGGAAUGAAAGAAUAGUCAGGCUCAACAAUGUGACAUUUUUCAGGGGUAUACUAAGAGAUGGAUUAUAAGGAUUGUUGGGACUGGCCAGCCAGGCUAUUAGACCACAGUUUGAAAUAACCCGGGUGACAUUGUUCUAUGCCAUGUGAUAUUUGAAAUGAGAGAAUUUAGCUAGCGGCCUAGUUUGGUACAUUUUCUACUAGCCUCAGGCUAGCAGACUUGUUUAAUUUCCAUCCUUUGGUGUCCUACUAUACCAAUCAGUCCUGUUUGUACAUCUGCAACAAAGCUGCUUGGCUUUGUCCAGAUUUGUCAGUUUCUUUUAUUCAUGCUAAUAAACGCAUCUUUAAUGUUUAACACUGAA